AUAUCUGAGAUAUCCCCAUGAGUACUCGCCAAGUUCUUGUUCCUCUUCUGUUUGUGUUUCUAGCUCUGGCCGUAUGCUCUGCCUCUAGACUUCUCCUCACUCUUGAUGAAGCCGCUGCUGGCAUCCCCGUUUAUGCCUAUGCCACUGGCCAUGGAGCUGGAGAAGGAGGUGUUGCUGCUGGAGGUGAGCAUGGUGUAGGAUAUGGUGGUAGUGGUGGUGGUGGAGGAGGAGGUAGUGGUGGUGGUGGUGGUUAUGCUGUUGGAGGAGAGCAUGGUGCGGGAUAUGGAAGUGGUGGUGGGGAAGGUGGUGGCCACGGAGUUGUAGACACUGAAAAUGAUCACCCAAAGAUGCAAGCAAAGCUGUGGAUCUUAGCCUUGGGAGAUUUUGCAAAUUCUACAGCCUCUGCAAUUGCUGUGAUUUUUCUGCAGAUUUAUGGAACAACAAAGGGAAGAAAUUUGGAACAGAGGAAACUUCAGAUUCCUUUGAAAACUCUCUUUUUUUUCAUUUACAUAUGCAAUGAGUAUAUAUAG